AUGGGUUCCCAGUCCAAGCCGGUUCAACAACUCACGCCGUUUGGACAUGCGCUUGCUGGUGCUCUGGGAGGCGUCUUUUCCAAUGCCGUCGUAUAUCCGCUUGAUACCGUAAAGACCCGGAUCCAAGCAACGUCGAGUGAUGAAUCAAGGAGGAAAGGGAAAUCAGUCCAGUCGACGUCAAUCACUUCGCUCCUACUGCAAAUUCUCAAGCAGGAAGGGGUCGCCGGUUUCUACAAGGGAUUUGGUGCCAGCAUGCUCAACACAUUCUCAAUGCAAUAUGCAUAUUUCUUCUUUUACAGUUUUGUGCGCUCGACAUAUAUUAAACGAACAACAAAAGCAGGAAAGAAGCCAGAGGCACUCUCAACAGCCGUUGAACUCAUUUUGGGUGCCGUAGCUGGGGCACUAGCGCAGAUAUUCACAAUUCCAGUAUCCGUGAUUGCGACUCGCCAGCAAAUUGGACGGUCGGUAGCCGUCAAAAAAUCCAACUCGCUACCGUCUAUUCCCACACCGCGCUCUCAAGAUCAACCAUCACCUUCAGAACAAGUAACACUUCCUUCGGUGAUUCAAGUCGAGCAGUCUGUCGAGGAGAGUCCUGUUGAGCGAACAACGGACGACUCGUUCUUGGCUGUAGCACGUGAAAUCAUUCAAGAGGAUGGGGUUACUGGCCUAUGGCUGGGUAUCCAUUCAAGCCUGGUACUCACUGUGAAUCCAGCAAUUACCUAUGGUGUUUUCGAGCGCGUCAAGUCGAUAUUUACUCUAGGAGAUCCAACGGUCAAAAUGGGUCCCUGGAGAGCAUUCCUUGUGGGUGCCUUGUCGAAGACACUGGCCACGAUAGUCACAUAUCCAUACAUCAUGGCCAAAGUUCGUGUACAGGCCCACGGUUCCAAGCUAGAAAGCUCGGAGAAGGGAUCCACCACGGCUGCGCCAAAAUACAAUGGUGCAUUGGAUGUACUGAGAAAGGUUUACAAGUCAGACGGCAUUAUUGGUUGGUACCAGGGAAUGAGCGCUCAGAUCCUCAAGGCCGUUCUCGCACAAGCAUUCCUUUUCAUGACCAAGGAGCAAUUCGAGCAAUAUGCGCUUAUUAUCAUGGUUGCAUGGGGGAGAUUGAGGAAUGCGUCACCGGCGUGA